UGGCGUCUGUACGGUAAUGUGGCUCUAAAUGCACAGCUGCCGUAUUCGCUGCCGGGGCGGGUGGGAGCCGAAGACGAGACGCGACGGAAGCAGGGCCCGGCCGCAGCAACUGCUGAGAACAGUCACGUUGACGAAAAACAGGCCGAGGAGACCCGGUGCCACCUGAAACAGAUGGGCGAGGGUAAGAUUGGCAAGAUCCGUAUUCACCGCUCGGGCCGCGUCACACUCGUGCUUGGCGACAACAUACUUGACGUGAAUUCCAGUACGAAAACGUCGUAUUACCAGCAGUUGGUAUCGGUAGCGACAGAUGAAGUAACAAAAACGACAAGCAUGAUUAAUCUGGGCCAGAUGCAGCACAAGGUCACUGUCACCCCUCAAUGGGAACCGAUUGUCAAGGGGCAGCUACAACAAGCCAUAUAGCAUGAGGCGUCCGUGAGUCGAGCAGCAUGCGAGCGUGUUAUAUGACCCAGGGCUCCCACGCCUGAAGCCCCGCUUCAGGCCCCGUCUAAGGCCAAGUCUAAAGCCAAGUCGAAGGCCAAGUCUAAGACUCAAGGUGACGCCGAGGACAAAGCCUCGACCCGCAAACGCAGAGUACGCUGGGUACCUUGCUACACAGGCCAAGGCCUCUGCUGGAUGUGGACCGAUAGGCGUUAACUUAUAUAUUUAAAUAAAAUGUCUUAUAAAUAUUUAAAAAUGUACUACGUUACAUCAAAAUUUUAUCUAAGUUGAACUGUUUUUACGUAUUUAGAUUGAACACUGCUAGACAUACUUAAAAAAUUUGACAUCUUCAAAUUGCGUAACCGACAAUAAAUUUUGUUAUGCAAAAGAAGUUAAAAAAUCACCGUAGACGAGGUUCAAGCUAGACAAAGUUUUGUAGUAUUGCAGGUAUGUGGCUAUGGUUAGAUUGAGUUUGUGUUUAAGCGAGAUGCAUUGUCUACUUGCGUAUUCUUUGUUAGCCAAUCUAAAUCCUUAUUCAUUAUGAUUUAACAGCUCAUAUAGACCAAUAAGUU